AUGGCGCCGUUUUCCAAGCCAGAGGCGAUCCUCAAGCAGGCCGAAGGCCUUGUAUCAGUCGGGCAGAUGCACGCAGCUCUGCAAUCAUUGACGGAGAUGUUUUCUUCAAAGCGGUUCCGCUCAGCACCUCUCGUAUCGCUCGAGCCCAUCAUGAUUCGUUUCAUCGAACUCUGUGUCGACAUGCGCAAAGGGCGCACAGCCAAGGAGGGGCUGAUGCAAUACAAGAACAUCGCGCAGAAUAGCAGCGUUGCCUCCAUCGAGGUCGUCAUCAACCGCUUUAUCCAGCUAGCGGACGCAAAAGUGCAGGAGGCGCAGGAGAAGGCGGAGAAGGCAGUUGCGCUCACGGAUGUGGAUGAUCUCGAGGCGAGCGAGACACCGGAAAGUAUCCUCCUCGGCGCUGUGAGCGGGGACCAAAACAAGGACAGGACCGAUAGGGCUCUCGUCACGCCAUGGCUGAAAUUCCUAUGGGAGAGCUACCGCACGGCUCUGGAGACUCUGAAGAACAAUGCUCGGUUAGAGAGCAUCUACCAGCAAAUCGCCCAACAGGCAUUCCGUUUCUGCUUGAAGCACGAGCGGAAAGUUGAGUUCCGACGGUUAUGCGAGACUCUCCGUCUCCAUCUUGCAAACGUAGCCAAGUACGCUCAUCAGACCCACUCCAUCAACCUCUCCGACCCCGACACCCUCCAGCAUCACCUCGACACACGCUUCGCGCAGCUCAAUACCUCAGUCGAGCUCGAGCUCUGGCAGGAGGCGUUCCGGUCUGUCGAGGAUGUACACAACCUCCUCACCAUGGCCAAGAAGGCACCUCGUCCCGCAAUGAUGGCGAACUACUACGAGAAGCUCACACGGAUCUUCCUCAUGAGUGGCAAUGCUCUCUACCACGCCGCCGCCUGGAGCCGGUAUUACGCCAUUGUCACCGCGAUAGGUGGCAAGUCGGAGGAGGAACUGAGUCGGCUGGCGGGACAGGUGCUUGUCAGUGCUCUGGCUGUGCCAGUCGGUUUGCAGGGUGAGGAGAGCGCGGCAGAAGAGGGCAAGGGCAAGAAUGCGCGAUUGACCGCACUGCUUGGUCUGACCAAGACUCCCACCCGCACUAGCCUCUUGAAGGACGCACUCGCGCGCAACGUAUUGAAGCUGUCGCCGAAGUCAGUCAAGGAGCUGUACAACGUUCUCGAGGUCACGUUCGACCCGCUUACCCUCUGCUCCUCAGUCGAGCCCCUGCUCAAGGCCUUUCCAAGCGACAGCACCUAUGCGUCCUACCUUCCCCUACUCCAGCGCGCCCUGCUUUCGCGCCUGCUCUCGCAGCUGUCUCAGGUGUACUCUACCAUCAAGAUCAGCACCCUGUACGAACUCGCUGCACCCAUUCGGGAUCUCGACCGAGAGGGCACGAAGGUCUACGACGAGGAGCAGAUCGAGGCCUACGUCAUGGGCUGUGCCCGCCGGGGAGAGCUGAACGUCCGCGUUGACCACGCCGACGGUACUAUCACCUUCGUCGACAGCCUCUUCGCCGCCGUCGAAGACCCGAGUUCGUCCACAUCCACGGGCACCGGUGGCUCCGUGCAGCCCUCGACAUCAGAGUUCGUGCGCACGCGCCUCAGCAGCCUCGCCUCGUGCCUGCACAACUCCCUCGCCACUAUCCACCCGUUCGCGCCGCUCUCUGAGGAAGAGCAGCAGGCGAAGUUCACCACCCUCGUCGCUGCGGCUCAGGCGGAGCGCAAGGCGCUCCAGCUCCGUCGCGCGAUCGUUGCUCGUCGCCGUGAGCUCUUGUCGGAGCUGUCGGUGCGGAAGGAGAAGGAGGAAGCCAGCCGCCGCGCGGAGCUCUCCCGUAUUGAGAAGGAGAAGGAGUCCCGCAAGGCGAUGGAGGAUUUGCGCAAGAAGGAGCUCGCACAAAGCCUCAAGGAGAAGGGUACGCUCAAGGUCGACAUCGAAGACAUGGACAACAUCAGCACGGACAAUCUGAUGCGACUCCAGGUCGAACAGCUAGCGAAGGAGAAGAAGGACGUCGCCGAGCGUAUGCGCAUUGUCGCCAAGCGCCUCGACCACAUCGAGCGUGCGUACCGCAAGGAGGAGCGUCCUCUUCUUGCCAAGGACUACGAGAUCCAGCAGGAGAAUGAUAAGGAAGCCUUCGAGGCCGCUCAGAAGGCUCGUCUCGAGGCGCACCGGCUGGCGUAUCAGCGCGACAUGGAGACGAAGAAGCGGGUCGCGAGUAUGAUGCCCGAUUACCUCGCCAAGAAGGAGGAGAUUAUGAGCAAGCAGAAGGAGGAGUUCCAGAAGAGACAGGAGCUCGCGCAGAAGAAGAUCGGGGAGGAGAAGGCGAAGCGCAGGGCGACCAUCCUCAAGCAGCGCGAAGAGGAGCGCUCGCGCCUCGAAGAGGAGGAGAGAAUCCAACGCGAGAAGGAAGAAGAGGAACGUCGGCUAGAAGAGGAACGCAUCGCAGAGGAGGAGCGUCGCGCAGCAGAAGAGGACGCCGAGCGCGAGCGCGAGGAAGCCAAGAAGCGCGAAGAAGAGGAGGAGCGGGCUGCAGCAAUCAGGAAGCGCGAGGAGGAGCGGACGGCCAUGCUCGAGCAAGUUCGCAGGCAACAGCAGCGCGAAGAGGAGGCGCUUGAGAGAGCCAAGGCUCGUCGCAACGCGCCGCCUGAGCGGACCGCGCCAGCUGCGGCACCUGUUCCAUUGCGUGCAACGCCGAGCGGAGACACCUGGAGGCGGUCUACUGCAGCUGCAGCAACACCGCCGCCUGCCUCUCCUCGGCCCCGCGCUGCCAGUCCUAACGCCAGCUGCUGCGAGGAGGAACCGCCUAAGGAGGAAGAGGGCUUCCAGACUGUCGAGAAGAAGACUGUCUGGCGGCCGCGCAGAGGCAGAUUCUGA